AUGGACUCGGUGAACGUAGAUGUUCACGUUCUGACUACUUGGGUUGGCCUUUAUAACUACGACCUGCCAGUGGAUAUCGGCGCCGCCGCCGCCCGAGACUGCAAUGACUAUAUUGCCGAAUUGACCCGUUCUCACCCUGACCGCUUUUCUGGAAUGGCGACUUUGCCGAUGCAGGACGUGAAUACCGCCAUUGCAGAAUUGGAACGCUCCGUGAAUGAACUGGGCCUCAAGGGGGCGCAGAUCGCCGACCACGUCAACAACAAGACGCUUGACCACGAGGACUUUGUUCCAUUUUGGGCUGCCGCAGAACAAUUGGGGGCCCUGAUUUUCUUCCACCAGGAAGGCGACGACACCAUCGUAAAGCCACGUGACACCAAGGGUUAUGCCAUAGACAAUUCUAUUGGCAACCUGGCCGACCGGGCCGUCACGUUUGCCACCUUAGUAUUCGGCGGUGUUCUGGACCGGUUCCCAGAUCUAAAGGUCUGUCUGGCCCACGGUGGCGGUUUUGCCUGUUUCGGGGCCGGUCGCAUGGAUCGAGGUUGGCAAGUUCGGUCCGAAGCUCGAGAGCUGGGAGCCGGCAUUCCCAGUACCUACCUUGACAAGGUCUAUUACGAUUGCCUGACCCACAGUGAGGCCGUGCUGCGCUACAUGAUUGACUCAGCCGGCAUAGAACGCAUCUUCCUCGGUAGCGACUACCCCUAUGACAUGGGUAUAGACUCUCCGGUGGAAUGGGUCAACAGCCUGGAGAGUCUGACCCAGGACGAGAAAGAGGCAAUUCUCUGGAAGAAUCUGGAGCGCGUGCUGGGAAUUUGA